CUCAUGUUAUCUAUUACUCUUGCAAUAUUUUAUUUAUAUUUUGUAUCACAAUUUGAUAACACAUACUUGAAACAAAGUAAAUUUAGACAAUUAGUUUAACUUGUAACUUUUUUAACUAAUCGCGUUGUUAAUUAUUGAUUGAUUGCUGUCCCAACUUUCAAUAUGGUUUACGUAAAUUCAGAUGGUAGCAUUGUAGACAAAGCUCCUUUUACUUCAUUUAAAUGGUUUUGGGGCUUACUAAAUUUCUUCUAUUACCUGUUUCAGACAUUAAUCAAUCCCAACUUUAAUAAACAUGGAAAUAAAUAUGUUACUGACUUCCGUCCACCUGGCAGUGGGCCACCAAAGCCACCAACUAGAAAGUACGGAGGUUUUGGUCCGUCAUCAUCAGGGCCCUCACCGCCACCAACUGGAGGAUGUGGUUGUGGCUAACAUCAAAUGUUUCUUAUUCAGUUUAUGUUAAAUUUUACGUUAGAAUGAUAAUUACUGUAACUUUAGGCCGAGUCUAACAGAUUAAAGAUAAUAGAUAUAAAAUUCUCAGUUGUGGAUGUCUGUUCUUCCUAAGUCUUGAUUCUGAAUCUUACUUGUAUUGUCACAAAAGAAAAUUUUCAUCUGUAAGCAUUGAUAUUGUCCAGUUCGUCCUAAAUUAAUUUACUUAGCCAUAUGAAUUAAAAUAAAUAGCCAUACAUUUUAUUCCAAAACAGUUUAUUUAUAUAAUAUUAAUAUUUUUUAAUCUAGGACUAAUAU